AUGACCUCAGACUCGGAUCCCCCGCCGUCCGCCAACGCUCCACCACCGACACGACCUCGUUCGCCCUCGGGGAGCUUCUACGCCCUCAGCGACGAUGAGGAAGGGGACUACAACACAAUCACGCACACAGAAACAGGACGGGGCGUCAAGCUUCUCUUCUCUAAGAGCAAGCAAAAAGGAGGCUCAAGCGAACGACCGACCUCCUCGUCGUCUCGAGACUCUCGCAACCCACCUCCCUCCAACUUGCUCCUAGCAUGGCUCCCCGAAACCUCCCUCGGCGAAUCCGAGAGUAUCUACGUCAAGGUCGACCUCAGCGAAGGUGAAUCGCCACCUAAGCAGUCAUACCUGGUACCACCUCCGCCGACAGUAACAUCCCACAGAGGCUCUGUAGGCACAUAUGCGUUCGCCAUCCCAGUCAGCGCAAUAUACUCGCUUCUCGUGAGACCACCGAGUCUGGGCUGGUGGUUCGGCUCUCUGAUCAUCAAUUCGAGGGCUGGUGACAGUUUUCCCGCGCUGUUUUUCCACGACAGCGAAUGCCAGAGCACGAUCCUCAAGAGGAAGAGGCGGACGAGGGACAGCUUCGACCCAUUCGGUGACCGGGGUGAGAUGUUCUGGGGCGGCGACGAGGUCCUGCGAUGGUUGCGGCGCUACGUUCCGAUCGAGAGAUCCGGCGCCGAGCCCAACAUUUACCUGGUGGAGCCCUCGAGGGAGGACAGCGAGGCUUUCAGUGGCAAGCUCACGUCCAGUACGGCCCAGGCCAGCCAGAAGGAUGGUACGGGGACUCGAGCUGGCGGCGCUGGCCCCAGUGGUGACGCGCAGAUGGAUCCCUUUGUGAAGUUCGUCAAAGAAACUGGAUGGAACAUCAUGGAGAAGUUCAGCAAGGUCACCACUUUCACCAGGCGGGCUGCGCAAGAUGUCAUACAGAAUCCGAAUGUUCCCCCGCAAGUCAAGAGGCUUCUUCGCAAUCCAGAGGUUCAGACUCUCCAAGAUGAGUUUGACAGCGCGAGGAUAUACCUGGCGCGUUGGGCCAUGGGUAUCGCCGAGCAAAGUGAGCGAGAUCGGAGUCAGAGAAUAUGGACUGCUAAGGAGGUCUUGGAGCUUGAGGACACCGAUGUUGGGGAGUUUGAGCUCCUGGACGGCAGUAGCACCAUGUCGUUGGAGGACAGAAGAAAGACAGUGACAUUGAAAGAAUGGAACACGUUCUUUGAUCCACGAACCGGAAGGCUUUCCGUCACUGUUGACGAGGUCAAAGAACGGGUGUUUCACGGAGGACUGGACGCUGACGAUGGUGUAAGAAAAGAGGCGUGGCUCUUUAUUCUCGGGGUCCAUGACUGGUAUAGUACUGCGGAGGAGCGAAAAGCCCAUCUUGCGUCCCUACGAGACGAGUAUGUCAAGUUGAAGGGCGCAUGGUGGGAGAGACUGGUAGACUUGGGAGGCGAGGGCGAACAGGGCGAGUGGUGGCGUGAGCAGCGCGGUCGAAUCGAGAAGGAUGUCCACCGGACAGAUCGUAACGUGCCCAUCUUCGCCGGAGAAGACAUCCCGCACCCUGAUCCCGACUCUCCCUUUUCCGAAGUCGGCACCAACGUCCAUCUUGAGCAGAUGAAGGACAUGCUCCUGACGUACAAUGAGUACAAUAAAGAUCUCGGCUACGUGCAGGGCAUGUCUGAUCUCCUUGCUCCCAUCUACGCCGUAAUGCAGGAUGAUGCCAUCGCCUUUUGGGGCUUCCAGCACUUCAUGGACCGCAUGGAGCGCAACUUCCUACGCGAUCAAUCGGGUAUGCGGUCUCAGCUGCUGACUCUUGACCACCUCGUUCAGUUCAUGGAUCCCAAGCUUUACGCUCACCUGCAGUCUGCGGAUAGCACAAACUUUUUCUUCUUCUUCCGCAUGUUGCUCGUCUGGUAUAAACGGGAGUUCGAGUGGAUGGACGUAUUGCGUCUUUGGGAGACUCUGUGGACGGACUAUUUGAGCAGCAGUUUCCACCUCUUUGUGGCCUUGGCCAUUUUGGAGAAGCACCGCGACGUCAUCAUGACCCACUUGCAGCAUUUUGAUGAGGUGCUCAAAUACGUCAACGAGCUUUCCAACACAAUGGAUCUUGACUCAACUCUGAUUCGAGCGGAGGCGCUAUUCCGCCGGUUCCACCGCUUGGUUGAGGCCGUGGACAAGAAGGGCAAUUUCCCAGGACCGAGAAUCCGCGACCCGGGAUCUCCUUCAAAGUCGGCAUCUACCGACAAAGUUCCACAGGAGGGCCAAAGCAGCGCAGGUCCGGCAUCGCCACGCAAGGACAAGAGCAAGGCAACUGAAGAGCUCGAGGUCAAGAAGAUUAUCACUCCCGAGUUGAGAGAGCUGCUUAGCCGGAAGGUCGUGAUCCUACCGCGGAAAGAAGUCGCAAAGAAGGGCGACGGGCCCGGAAGGUCAUGA